AUGGGUCAAUUACUCAGUUUCAUCAACGGUACAGAUCAUGCUGAACAAAUUUUUAUAGAUUUCGAAAAUGCUCAACCAUCAGAUGACGAAAGAGAACUUCAUAAAACAGUUGGUGAAGUUUUAAACAGAGGUCCAGCAAUCAUUGAAAAACUUUUAGCAUACGCAGGUUGUAAUGAAUAUAUUAGAAGAGCUAUCACCAAUCCAGGCCCAGAAACUGAAGAUGCUGCUUGGGAAGCAGUUCUUCCAUCAGUCGAUCAACUUCAAGAAUUCUACGACUUCUCAUUAGAAUUAGAAACUUGUUUCCCAAAACUUUUAGUUGCUCUCUGUAAAAAUGAUCCAAAAUCAUCUUUAUCAAACCAACAAGCCCUUGCUAAACAACUCGCUGAUAUUUUUGAUUUUGUUUUAAGAUUCGACGAUGCCAAGAUGGUUAACCCAGCUAUUCAAAACGAUUUCUCAUAUUAUCGUCGUACUCUUAACAGAAUGAAAUUAUCUAAAAAAGAUGCCAACAUCAAGAUUCGUGAUGAAUUAGCAAACAGAAUGUCAUUAUUCUUUGCUUAUCCAACCCCAAUGAUGAAAGUUCUUUCUGAAACCACUGUUAAAUUCCUCUCACAAGAUACCACUGUCCCAAGAGAAAAUGUUACUACUGCUUUAGCUACCAUGGCUAAUGUUUGUCACGAUAUGGUUAAUAAAAAGAAAUUCACCAACGAAGAAAUUAAUAUGUUUUGUCUUAGAGCUAUGGUUGGCUCCAUCAUUUUAUUCGAUCACAUCCAUCCACAAGGUGCCUUUGUAAAAAAAUCAACCAUUGACAUGAAAGGAUGUAUUGUAACCUUAAAAGAAACCAACGCUGCCUCAUGCCCAGGAUUAUUAAAUGCCUUAAGAUUUACAACUAUUCACUUAAACGACGCUGAAACUCCAGGUUCACUCAAGCAAUUAUUAUUACUUGAUUAA